AAGACGUUUGAUUUUUUGCAAACAAUAAAUGUCUAACAUGGGUAACUUAAUCUUUAUUGUUUCGAUACUCCUAGCAUUCGUUAGCCAAUGUAUUGGGCUUGUUUAUACUCCGAUUAUAAACACAACCCGCGGACCUGUCCAGGGUGAAGUAUUGAAGACGGUAUGGAACGGAAUAGAGUACUGUUCGUUCAAAGGAAUCCGUUAUGCAGAGCCAGCGAUUGGAAAACUCAGGUUUCGGGCUCCAGAACCAGUAAAACCAUGGACUAGCGUACUGGAUGCUACUAAAGAGGGUAGCGUAUGCCCUCAAAUAUUUGGGGAUGAUACGUACAUAGGAGACGAAGACUGUCUGCAUCUGAGUGUAUUCACUCCAAAGUUGGACUUCCAUGAGGACAUGGCCUUACUGCCCGUCAUGGUCUGGAUUUACGGUGGAUCGUUCGUUAAAGGUUUCGUGAACACGACUCAGUUCGGACCCGAUUUCUUCAUAGAGCAAAAGGUUAUUGUUGUCAGCAUUAGUUAUCGCCUGGGAGCUUUAGGAUUUCUAUAUCUGAACAAUCCAAGUGCACCGGGCAACGCUGGAAUGAAGGAUCAAGCAAUGGGGCUGCAAUGGGUGCAGGACAAUAUCGCCAUGUUCGGAGGCGAUAAAUCUCAAGUAACACUGUUUGGACAAAGUGCUGGCGGCUCGUCUGUGUUACUUCAUCAUUUAUCCGAUAAAUCGAAAGAUCUAUUUACCCGGUCCAUCACUCAAAGUGGGACUCCGCUGUAUCUUCUAUUCUCUACACCGAUCGAAGCUCUUGCGUCUGCUCAUCAUCUAGCGCUAAAUCUUGGUGUUGAUGAUUUCAACACGAAUAGACUGUUCAAAAAACUCGUUAACGUCCCUGCGGAAAAGAUAGUACGUGUGACGAACACUAUGAACUUGCUACCGGCAGUGGUCACGUUGCCUUUUAUGCCAACGAUUGAAAAUCCUAAGAACUGUCCGGAGAAUACGUUCAUUUCGGAAUGCCCCAUAACGUUGGUUAUGACAGGCAAAAUGAAGAAGUGCGAGAAGAUAUUUGGAAUGACGUCCAACGAAGCUCUUGCGUUUACCCCUUCAUUAUUUUUAGUAGCAAAUUACACUGCUGUGCCACGCGAGUUGACCUACAAUCUCAUUAAUGACACUGCUCAGGUCGUAUCAGAUUUGGCCGCCGCCUCAGCUCUCGAUUUGACCGAAAAACUAUUGGAAGCGAAAAAUGGCAAACAUCCCGUUUAUUACUAUUAUUUAACGUACGAGUCGAAGUAUUCACCACACAGAGCCACUGGUGUUCCAAUAAAUGGUACUGCCCACGCUGAUGAUAAUGGAUUUCUAUUCAAUGAAGAUGACAUAAACGCUCCUACCGAUCCGAAUGAUCCAUUUAACGUGUUUCGACACGAAUGUGUCAGUUUGUGGGCGAAUUUCGCCAAAUAUGGAAAUCCCACACCGAAAAAUAACAAUCCCAUCGAUGGCGUGAUUUGGGAACCAGCUGGAAAAAGUGGAAGAAUGCUUAAGAUAAAUGAGACAUUCGAAAUGAUUCCUCGAGUAGCAUCCGGAAAAACUUUGGAUAUUGAAAGGUUGUUGUAUUUCUCGGGGCCAUAUAUAAGUUCUUGCCGUAAAAUUGACUUUUCUGUCUCGUAUAAUAGCAUUUUCCUAUGAAUUUGCAACCGUUUCUCUAAAAAUUAAUAAACUAU